UAUUUUACGUUAUCCGGACUAAAAACUCAUAUUGGUGCUUUAGGCGGUACAGAAUGGGGUUGGAUGAUCUUUGUAGUUGUGGUUGUCAUGAUUAGCAAAAUAUUUGGCUAUAGUGUUGCUGCUAAAGCAACGGGUUUUACUUAUAAAGAUGCUUCAACAAUUGGGGUUUUUAUGAGUUGUAAAGGUGCUGUAGAUUUAAUCAUUCUCAAUAUUGGUCAUGAUACAAAAAUUAUAAAUGACAAGAAAAUCAGAUGUUCUAAUCACAAGCCAACAAAUUCAGCACUUUUAGUUGUAUUGGCUAAGUUUGAAAAUCUCCCAGCUAUGAUGACUCUUAUACAACUUUUACAAUCUAACCAAGUUUCCGAUAAUCAUUUUGGUUCAAAAAUAAAUAAAGUCAUUAAACCUAUAAGUGUUCACGUUUUACGUCUUAUUGAGCUUACGCAACGUAUGUCAGCGGUAAUGAAGUUUAAUGAAAUCUCGGAGACUAGUUUACAUGAUCCGAUCAUAAAUACGUUUUCUGUAUUUAGUCUAGUUAGUUCGGUAACUGUUGAUGCUAAGUUAGCUGUUGCUUCUCCAAAGGAUUUUUGUCAAGAAAUUACUGAAAAGGUACAAGAUAUUAAUGCUAAUUUAGUAAUAAUUCCAUGGAACGGUGCCGGCGAGAUAAUAAACGCACCAAUUGAAAGUGAUCAGAGUUAUUCCCCACAUGAAAAAAAACGCACAAGUCUACAAGUUGCAAACUUUAUUCAGGAUGUUUUUAAAGAAACAACAAUUCAUGCAAGUGUGGGUGUGUUUGUAGACCGUGGUUUUGGUAGCACUGAUGAUACACGUACACUUUCUUAUCCUAUGGGUUAUAUUCGCGUUUUUCUACCCUUCUUUGGUGGUGCUGAUGAUCGUGAGGCACUCUCCUUCGCUUUUAGAUUACUUGAUUGUCCAAAUGUCAUAGUAACUGUGUUGAGAAUAAUAAAAUCAGAAAAUCCUACUGAUAAUGAUGUCGCAUUAAGAUCUAAUAAUAAUUCUUCUGAGGUGCAACUCGAGACCCUCGACUUAGAAGGCGAAAAUGAACAACCUUCACUUAAACAGAAGAUAUCGACUAAUAAUAACUACGCUGCUGUACGUCAUUUAAAUGGAUUAGAUGAAUCCUUUUUGGAGAAGCACUUAAAAUCCCGAUCUGGAUAUCCUACGAGAAACCCUCGUAUAAGUUAUCAAGAAAUUUAUUCUCACACACCACUACAAACUGCAGUCGAACAUGCUAAAGAAAUCGUUAAUAGAAAAGAUUUAGUUAUCAUAGGACGUAGUCAACAUUCGAUUAUAAAUGAACAUUAUCCUCAUGCUGAAUUUAAAGAAUUAAUUAAAAAUCUAGAGAAUUAUGGCAACGAUACACAAAAAUCUUUAGGUUAUGUUUCUGAAACGUUUUUGGCUGGUGGUAUUACGGCAAGUUUUUUAAUAUUGAAAGCCAAACAAGUUAAAAAUGAUUAA